CCCCCAAUACUUGCAAUUUUAGUUGUAGUAGAAUCAUUUUGUUCUUUAUCGGAAAGUUGUCCAGUAAGUUUUGUGAUCAUAUUGAACAUAUUAUUUAAUAAACUAUCUUGUUUUUCUACUCUUGAUUCUAAGUUAAGCACUAAGUUGUUGUCAUCAUUUUCACUUGAAGAUGAGUCAGGUUUGGCACGCUUAUUAUUAUCGUUAACAAUUGUAGUAAGUUGUUUUUUGAUCUCUGAUAAAUCAUUUUGUGAAGAUGUAUGUGUGUUGUUAUUUGGCUCAUGCAUAGAGCCUCCUUUCCUAGUACCGCCUUGA